AUACUAUUUGUAUGUUUUUCAGCGGCGUGGCAGGCGUUACGGCAAGUCUAUCCAAGGGCCACUCUGAAAGGGUGUGUCUUCCAUUGGAAUCAGCGCGUGUACCGGAAGGUGGAAGGUGGCCUCGCCACGGCAUAUGCGGUAAAGGGCGACAAGAUCCUCUUCUUGAGGAAACUUAUGUCCUUGCCGUAUUUGCCGUGUGAGCACAUCGUUCCCGCCUUCGAACAGCUGAAGCUGCAGGCUGAAGAGGUCGGAGGUCCUAUACUGAAUGUGGUGAUGUACAUGCAACGGACGUGGAUCCGAGGUUCAAUGUGGACACCAGACAAUUGGAGCGUGUAUCGCCAGACGGUACGAACGAACAACGACGUAGAAGGAUGGCAUCGCAGAAUCAACGGUCGAGCAGGGCGUCCCGACUUAGGGUUUUACGUGCUAGUCCCCCUGUUGCGCCGUGAGGCAGAAACAGCGGAUCUGACAAUCCGACUUGUGUCGGAGCACGCCCUGACUCGGGUACACCGGAAAAUCUUCAAAGAAGUGCACGGGCGACACUUCGAGAUCUGGGAGAAGUACGAAGACGAUGACAUGACAACAACUCAACUGCUGAGAGCGUGCAGCCAUAUCAUCGGGCUGGGACCGAGCACAACCCAGGAUGACAUCCACGAUGAGGACUUCUGA